AUGUCUGUUAGGAGGACGCUUAGCAUGCUUCGUGUUAGAUAUGCGGUGUACGGAUUUAUAAUCAUGUGUUUAAUUGGUGUUGGAUACCUUCUGGCACAGGCGAGUGCAGCUGACGUAGAGGAGUGGCAUCGGGCUGCCAAGGUAGCUAGCCAGGCACGGUCGCGGGAGUUUGCGCAUGAAUAUGUGACCGAUGUGAAGAUCAAGCCGAUCGAGGAGAUUCCUGUGUCUCCGUUAGAGUUAAUUCCGGAUAUCGAGGUGGAAACGAAAAGGCGUUACGAAGCUUCGUGGGAUCUGUUGUUCCGUGGCCGGAAGUUCAAGUCGUUCAAGCAGUACGAUCUAAACACCAAGUGUGAGUUCUAUUUCCAGAACCUGUACAAUUUGAACGAGGAAUGGACGAAUGAGAUCGGGAUGUUCACGUUUGACAUCAAGGAUAUUGAAUCUGACAGCAAGAUGGCGGAGUUGAAGGACAACGAUGGCGUGAAGUUGAUAGACGAGAAGGCAUUACGGCUGUAUAAGCGGGCGCACAAUAUUGCAUUGGGGAUGGAGCGGUUCCGGAUAUAUGACAUGUGUUUUGUCGGAAAAAACAGCAAUAAUAAGCAUGGUUCGCUCAAGAUGAACGAAUUGUUUGAGCAAGGUGGGUCUGAGGGAUCCAAGUCUACUGCUUCUAAGCUCGACAAAAAAGUGAUCGGAAACAAGGACAACUUGCGUCCCACCAGAAAGGCUUCCUUUUUGAGCGAGUUGGAUUCUGGGAAGUUUUCCAAAUUCAACCAAUGGGACUUCGAGCACAGGAUGUUCCCCUUCAUUCCAUAUUUCGAGCAGCAUAACUUCACGCAAGUGAUGCCCAUCUUCACGGGCCCCGAAUCGCUUGAACCUUUGCCCCAGGGCAAGUUCCCUGUUUUCAACAGAGACACAGGUGAGGCAACCGGUGUGGAAACUUUCCACUACGAUGAGACCAAGUCGCUCUGGGACAAUUGGAACGAAUUGUCAACACAAUGUGGUCACAGGGGCAUUGUCGUGUCAGCUGGAGAUGGCCAAGUGGACCAAACGGUGCGUCUUCUUGCCGUAUUGCGGGAACAGCAGAACCGGAUGCCGAUCCAAAUAAUCCACAAUGGUCAGCUCAGCAACGACUCCAUGGCUCUCUUGUCUGAGGUGGCACAAUCUAAAGACUUCUCUAACGGACCUAAGCAGUCAGUUUGGUUCCUGAACGUGAAGCCCACACUUUCGGAGUCGGUGAAGGACCGGUUCGACAGAUUCAAGAACAAAUGGCUCUCAGUGGUAUUCAACACGUUCGAAGAGUUUAUAUUCAUCGAUACGGACGCCAUCUCGUACAUCGGACUUGAAGAGUACUUCAAUUUUGAUGAGUACAGUGCCACAGGAACGCUCAUGUUCAAGGACAGAAGCCUCAGAAUCGACAGCGCGCAAAGGUGUCCCGUGUUGUUCGAGACGUUACAACCAAAGAUACUGGAGCAGUACUAUUUCGACACAGUACCGCAGAUCAAUCCCGAUUUCGUAGAACAAGCUUGCAUGAAGGAGCUCACUUCAGAGGAAAAGGCCUAUAAACGUUUCUUCGAGCUGGGUCACCAACAUAACCUGGAAAGUGGACUCUUGGCCAUUAACAAAAAAGAACACAUCAUGAGUAUGAUUAUCUCCACCGUGCUGAACAUCAGCCCAAAGAUUGGCGGUUGCGCUUGGGGUGACAAAGAAUUCUUCUGGCUCGGGUUGCUCUUGUCUGGCCAUCGCUACUCAAUUUAUGAUGUGGAGGCAUGCGCUGUAGGCAUUCCCGAGGUGAAGCCCAACGAGAACGAGAACGAGAACGACCUCAAGAAGGCACAACAAAUAUGUUCAUUGCAGGUGGGCCAUACAUCGUAUGACAAGCAUCUGCUAUGGCUGAAUGGUGGUUCGCAGCUGUGCAAGUUCCCCGAGAAGUUUGAGAUCGACUGGGAAAGCAUUGAAAGCAUCCGCAAAGAGUUCCAUGACAACAAGGAAGAAGCCAGAAAGGCUUACACAGACGUCAUAUCGAUUGAAGCAGCAGUUAUUCCGGACUCUACCACUGGAAUGUGGGGCCACAAGGACAUGAGAUGCAAAGGGUACCUGUGGUGUGGUGAAUAUUUCGAAAAGAUAAAGCCCUACACCUAUAAUAAGAAGAUAGUCAAGGGCGAACUCAUCCACUUCGAGCAAGACGAGAUCGAACAGAUAAGACGCUUGAAUACCAUAUGGAGCAACGCUGUGUUCCCGGUGAGAAAAGAAUGA